AUGUCGAAGGCCAACAGAGGCAAAAAAUUGGCUGAAUUACCACGAAACUCUGUUGUGGGUACAAGUGCGUUGCGAAGAGUUGCUAUCCUCCGGAGGAAGCACCCGCACCUCGACUUCUCUUCCAUUCGAGGCAACUUAUCUACUCGCCUUCAGAAACUUGAUGCUUGCAGGGAACCAAAAAACACUGACUGCGAGCCCGCCGGCCACCCCUCCACUUAUGAUGCGAUUAUCCUUGCCGAGGCCGGUAUUCUCCGUCUGGGAUGGCAAGGCAGGGUAGACGAAGUAAGUCUUUUUCACUUUUAGUCACCGCAUAUGUUAUCAUUAAGCGCACACAUCGAAGGCUCUCGUGAGCAUUCAAUCUAUUUUUCAAGUUCGUGCAAUUUUUCGGCGCAUCCACAGAAAAGUUCUUUGAAAAGACUCCCCAAACAUAGUGUGUUAGCUUGUCAAUAUAAUUGGCAAAACAAAGUGUUUUGUGCGCGACUCCAAUGUCACUUCCGAAAUGUUAGUGUUUAGGUGAAAAAUUGUUUAAUAGAAUUAAAACCCAGGUCCGUUUCCGUUCUAGAGGUUAAAAGGGCAAGGCCACUUUGUUCUAUUCUUCAUGAAGAGCGAAAUUUGUUCAGCAAAAAUUAGAAUGGGUUUGACUUUCGUUGCCUCAAAUGCGCGCAUCAUUGUGUACGUAUGUCGAAUAAGGCGUAAUCAGCAACGCCGGUACUAUAAUGGGUUAGAAAUGAGUUUUCAUUUUAUUCCCUAAUGACGCACGCGGGCCCCUAUCAGCCACCCGGAUUGCUUGUUCGAGAUAGUAUCAUCCGGAAUUUAGGCAUCCAGGAGCCAAAUCAUAAGUCAGCAGUUGUAUGGAGACCUCUUUAAUUAUGGCUCACUGCUUCCGCACCGCAUUGCAGUCACUCAAUUUUUCAGUAUUUUAUUAUGUCAAACGACAGUACUUCAUCCCCUGAUAGUCGAGUUUUAUGAACGGAACUUACCUGUUACCCGAACUUCGGGAAUUUGGGCGCGUUCAUGGGUAAAGGACAAUGAAACUACUGGCUACGAAAUAGACAAACUCUUGGGUCAGACAAGUAAGAAGUCACAGAUCAUUCAGUAGUAAUAACCAGGAAUCGCUAGGCUUCUGUCUGGCAAGUCGGUUUCCUACUGCUGUGUGUCGCAGUCCUGGAAGUUGUUAGAUGGAAAUGCCUGUCCGCGAAUCCAGGAGCUACACGAAACUAUUCCUCCGCAAAGUCGCCUCAGGAACCAUUGUCUGACGGACUACGGUUUUACUGACUUUUUGGGCGAUCAGAGAGCUAUAACCAGAACGUCCGAGUUGGACUUGCCGACGAUCAAUAACGCCAGGAGAAACACUUUUUGCCCAGCGAUAACCAUUUCCAUCGCUUUUUCGCGGCCAUUUGCUCGCCAAAUGUAAGGGCGUGCCAGGCCUCAGUUCACGCAGUUCCACCCUCCGUCACUCAUUGAUUAAGCCAACGAGCACACCCGUCUUCGCUGUUAGAGAAGCAAAAUCUACAAAAUUCACUUCUGAUAUUUUGCUGAAGGUGAAAUUAGGCCAUGAGGAAUUAGAAUACUUUGUAUUCUUUACUCUUUAACUAUUGAAGCAUCGCCAAAACAAGUGAGGUAGAGUAUAUGAAACAAUAGUCCCAUGAGUGAAGGUGCUGCUGCUUCCAUAAAAAUUGCAGUCUGUGUUAGUUCUCAAGCAUGUUGGCAAACGACCAAUAAGUUCACCACACUUGGUGGAGAUUUUCGUUGCAACAUCUCUCAAGUUCUUGGCUGCGUCAGGUGUCUUUUGAUGUCUUAAUAGCUUUGCAUGCACGACUUUUCCACUUCCUUAUCACUAUCAGAUCUCCGACUACACAGUUUCUCGAUGACAAGGCGCUAUGAGUCCCAUGUUGCUUUGUGGAGUCGAAUGAAACUCAGGCUUUCUAUUUUAAACUGACUACUCUGUGGUAGAUGCUGUGUGAACCCGAGCUAACCUUUCCUUGCAUCGCAACAUACCGGCUUUUGUUUAUCCCUAAGCUCAUGCGUUCCAGCUUCUAAGAUUCUCCGCGAAUGGUCAUCUGGAUGAGUUAAAAGACCAGAUACAUCGAACCUUGGCUCUAACCAUCAACCCGUCCCUAUGAUGGCGCAGAUUUUAGACAGGGUGUACUCGUAGAACCCUCUUUGUGAACUAUUCUGAUUACAGACCGGGGGUCUCAAAUAUCAACCCGGGUAUAGGGUUCUGUCUUCAAUUUAACCGAGCAUGUGAGUCCUCAGUAUAUGCCCGAGUAAAUAAAACGGAGGCCAGUUGAGCAUCGGAAUCAUCUUCUCUAUUCUGGACUUUUGUACUCGUACAGGAGUCCACUGUCAAGGAUGGCAUCAGCAACAGAACAAGUAGCAGUUACGACAUGAUUUAACCGGCCAACGACCAUUGCCGCCUAUCUGGAGAUUAUUCCGCAGGACUCUGUACGCGGACGCAAGAUCAAUACGUCGAUUGAGGGAGUUCUCAUCGAAGGCGUAGGUCUUAAUCGUGGCUUUGGGUAGUCAUUCCAUGUAAAUUGAUUGCGGAAAUGUCGGGCCUCGCGUAUUUUCUUCCGUGCAGCCGCGAUGUUUAAAUUCUUUUGAAGACUGUGGUCACACAACUUUGCUUGUCGUGAAGACCGAGCAGCUGCCUGGCGUUCGUUUCCUUCGUGUGAUUAGUCUUUGCAGUUUUAUCUUUGGGACUUCUCCCGACGAGAAAGUCAGGUAGGCGCACACCUGUUGUUUCUUUUCUUCUCUUGCAAUCUGUAUAUUCGGGAAGAUUGCGUUGAGCGUGUCGUCCACGUAACAGCGCCAAGAGAUUGGCACAUGCUGACCGAAAGCAGUCUUUUCUAAUUCCUGUAGGACCACAUAAUCAGAUAAUGAAGAGCCCAUUACCUUGCAACUGGUCUUCUCCCAGGUUUCGCCUUUAAAAGUGGAGUAGGUUUUCUGCUGAAUUUUAAACAGCCUCACGAUAUGCACAAUCUUGGACGGGUUCUGCGUUCCAUCAUACCCUAUUCAGUCUUCUACUCAAGAUAUCAUGCAGAAAAUCCGGUAGGAUGGGUGUGAGCAUUGACAUUACGUCGAAAGCGAUCAGGAGUUUAUCUAGCUGAGUCGUUCGCUUAUGUAGGUGUUAAAGAAAUUAUGAUACCGGUUGCUGGUUAAAAUCCUGGUCAUUUGCUGUAUGGACCAGGGGGUGUGGAGUGAAGCGCCAAGGUGUGGGCUCGAUCGUCUCAUCCGCCUGCGCCCUCUCCCGCCUCCGGUCUUUUUCACUCUGUCUUGACACCGGGUCCAGGUGGGGGAGAAGGAGAAAAUACAAUAGAUGCUGUGCAAAUCUAUCAUCAAUAUAAACCCCUGCGCAAGUCACCGUCCCUGCUCCCACUGCUGCUGCUGCUGUGGGGCACACGGUGGACAUCAUCGAAAUCGAUGUUCGAACUGUCAUAAACUAACUCACGCACAAGUCACCGUGCCUGCUUCGCCUUGCUGUGGAGCACACGGUGGACAUCGUCAGAUGCGACGGUUAAACUGUCAGGAUACCGGUCGGACUGAGGCAGUCGGACUAUCUGAGAGAGACUUCAGUUUGGAGCACAUAUGAUUUGUCAAAUCAUAAGCUGGGCUGUCGUUUAGGUCAACAGUUACCCUUCAUUGGACAUUUGGUCUUUUUAUCUUUGGCGGACCCCAUUAUCGCGUUAGAACAGUGUCAGUUGGUUUCAUUUAGCGUCAUGUACCCCGUGACCACAUCCUUGCACCAGAAUUUUGUAAUUAGUUUAUCUAGCCGAUCUGCUGUUCUUUUAGCCUGUGAGGUCUCUAAUGGUCUGUAAAAUUCUUUGUCAUCAAGAAGAACCUCGGUUUCCCUACUGUGGUCUCGUGGGGUCCCUACGGGGUCAUUCGUCUCUUAUCAACGAACACGAUGAUAAUUUUCACAUCCUUUCUCAGUUCCCCGUAGCCUUUAAUUCACUGCGCACUGCACUUAGCCGGUAUGUGUGCCAUCAUCGAGGAGGUAACUCCUUAUCCAACGAAGUGUUUUUCGUCGUCGGUUUUGCUUCGCUCUUCUCAAAUGCCCGGCUCAUCUUCACUAUGCUUGUCUGAUUGUCUUUUUUCGGGACCAGGUCGUCCACCGCAACUUGUGCGUCAGGCUUAAUGGGGCAUCGGUGGUGGUCAUGUUCUUCUUUUAUCUUUCCCCACCAGACUCUCACUGACUGUCUCUAUGCUGUGGGUCAGGGCGCCCUGGCCUGUGAGUGUCGGGAGGACGAUCUUGAGAUGCAACGCCUCCUUGCAUCAAUCCACGAUGAACCGGCUGCCCUGGCCUGCAUCGCCGAGCGCGCCUUCAUGUCCCGUCUGGAGGGCGGCUGCAGCACGCCGAUGGGUGUGCAAACAAACCUUCUGCCGGGCGGCAUCGCAGGCGCGGACGCCCUCGCUGGGCGCCCUCGGCAACUCUCAAUGCAGGCUGCUGUGCUCUCUGUCGAUGGCAGUCAGUGCAUCGAGGGUCAUCUAAGUACCCUGCUCCCUACCUCGGUGCCCUCGAUUAAGGCACCCGGUAAAAGGGCAGCGGAUGGGCAGAACGGCCCGCAGCCACCGCCACUUAAACGAGCACGUGCAUGGUCCGGCAACUGGGAUGCCAAACUCGAGGACUCCGAGGCCCUCUGGAUUAAAGACGAAUAUAGUGAGGUGAACGAACCCCUAUUUUGCCGCAACUCACCUCAUAGCGGUGUUGUUUUUAUAAAACGCUGCACCCAAGGCAAGCUAGUUCAUCACGUGUCCAAUUGGCAGUUUUUCAUGGCGGUUGGGAGACCGUAGUGCUGUCCGCCAACCAUCAGUGUCGCGAAUUUUUGAGAGCUGACGAACCCAGGCUCACUCUCACUCUAAAGUCCGUGUCAGAAGUGCAGGUGAUUAUCUGGACAUAACGAACCGGAACCACUGUGUCACACACAGCAGCAGCAGCAAUGCGAUAUUAUUGCACGCUUUGGUAGAUUUGAAAAAAAAAAUAAGACUCUUCGCCUAACUUGGAUAUGGUUACACGUGAUUUCUCAUCACGUCUUUAUCCUCGUGUCCUUGUGGCCAAACCGUUGUGCAACCGAAGUUCGUACUCGUGUGCUUCCUUUGCUUGAACGUGAUAUGGCUGCAAUUAUACCUAAUCUAGCCGGUCUCAUUAAUUUCAUGAGUUGUAACUCGGCGCACAACAAUAUGCAGCAGUGACUAAUGAGUUUGGCUCACUCUCUUGCAUCGGCGAAGACUGAAUACAUUGGUCCGAGAACUGCCACCAUGCCUCGACAAACUGUGUCGAAUCAGGUUUUCAUCUGAUCUCAUCAUCGCAUCCAAUGAGGCAGCAGCAAUAAACUCGUCCAAGACACUGUCUAUUGCCCUCAAAUGUACUGAACUGCUUCCUCGGCAGUCUAGCAAUAUGCUACCAAGCCAUCAUGAAGCCCCUCCUCCGUGAGAAAGGUUUGACCUUCACACCUGUCGUAAAUAAUGACUCCUGGGGUGCAAGUAAGCCAAACUAUCGAUCCAAAGUGCAUUCCUUCGCUUGACCGAAUUCCGCCGCCAACGCGCGUGCCGCUGACUGACCCACCAGUAUUUAGAUCCAAGGUCAUAUCAUGUUAUUACUAUGUGGGUCAGUUGCUUCUUUCGCACACACGCUCACACCUCUUACACCUCCAGUUGUGCUUUUUCAACUGACAGUUCUCAGGGUAACGCAAGCUGUCUAUUAAUUCAAGAUCCUCAAAAUAGUAUAAGGCGUUUGACGGAAAGGGUGUGUUUGUAUUCCGACCUUUAAAUCAGCGGCUUUGGCUACCCAUCUUCAAGGACCGAAGAGUACUGUGCACAGUUCCCACUAUGUGAUAUAUUGGUAGCAUGUAGCUUUGUCGGGGUGUGGAUAGCCAAUGGGGACUGUGGGUGCCAAACUGACCCGUGGCUUUCGGCAUGCAGGUCUCUUGCGUCUUCCGUGACUGACGCGCCCGAACCUAUUGCAAAGUAGCAGGUCCGCAGGUUAAUUUUGUCUCUAGUACUACGGGGAAUCUGCCUACGGUCACAUUCCACCUACGGGAUGCCCCUCCGCAAUUUGGACUGACCGAAGUCUAUUCGAGUUUUCAUGAGGCACUCGAUUCCUCCCAACAAAUACUAGGAAAGAGGUAUUUUCCCUAGACUUAUCGUAAUGCUUUAUCUCGUCAGGCUUGGACACUCACAUAUUGCGAUGGAUUCCUGCUCGCCGGCGUAGCGUGCAUAUACCACUUUGGUUGCCGUGCCGUAAGUGAUUGUUGCUACUAUUCCCAGACGGGCUGCGCUGACUGAAUGAGCCCUUAACCAUUGUCGCACAUGCGUACGACGAACGUUGGAUGGAGGUUCUUCGACACCCUAGACACUACACCCGUUCUGAUCAGCCGGUAAAAAAGGCACGGACAGGCCACUGGUGUACGGGAGAGGGAAGAGGGGGUUAGGCCGAUUCUGAGGCACCCAUCCUCAUUGCAUACUAGCUCAUUCAUCACCGAAUCAAGACUGACGCGCUUGAAUCAAUUGCAAAGUGCUAAAAUCCUGACUUGAAAGGCUGACAGCAUAGGUCAGUUCUCCUUACAUGUGUAACCGCCACUGUUAGUAUUUGACAGCCUGCCUGUAUAUCUUAAUCGAGCACCUUGGGGUCUCUCGUUGGUGCUUCGGACACAGCCAGUAAUCUACUUUAGUCCGUCUACAUGUCUGCAAUCUCCAUCGUGUUGUGCUAAGAGUUUGAAGGGUGGGUUGAGCAGUGUGUACCAGACAAGGACUAUCUUGUAUCAAGCUGCGUAAUUAUUUACCAUAAUGACAACACAGGUAGAAGCUAAAAGCCCAGACACGCGUGUUCCGCCUAUCUUGUGUCGCCGUCUGACGCAACUGUGAGGGGUUCGGCUCAUCAGUGGGUCCCCCAACCUUCCCCGUGUGUUUUCUGGCAUAUGGACUCCAGUUUCAUUCUGCCUUGUUUAAUUUCCGGGGAAAUUAGUGCGCGAACUUGGAGUAAAUCUUUCGGAACAGAUCUUUUUAGGCACGGUGCGAAAUUUGAUAUGAAUAUUUGAGCUGAAAUCCAUCAGCUACUGCGGAAUAACCGCGUUAUAUUCACAAACCGCCAACAGGCAGCCAGUAAUAUAGAACUGUGUAAUUAUUCGCCAUACUGACAACACAGGUGGAAGCUAAAAGCUCAGACACGCGUGUUUUGCCGAUCUUCUGCCGCUGCCUGACACAGCUGCGAGGAGUUCGACCCAUCUUGUAUCAGACAAGGCUCUUAUGCUUUUCCUGGUAGUAAGAAAAGGGGGUUUUCGCCCCGAAUAUAUCUUACUCGAGAAUGGCCUUUCAACUGCUUCAUUGUGAGUAGCGUGUGCGUGAAGUGCCAGAAUUCAUUGGCUGCGGUCCUUUAAUGUAUCGUUAAACAGGAGAGGGUAUUCGAAUAGACCUAAAUAUCCACACAUUUGCCAUACGAGUUCGUGUUAGUCUGUGCACGCUGUCUUUCCAAUUAUUGUGUCGCCAUCCGCCUAAGUUUGCCUCCUCCAAUAAUAACCGCCUGGGUUCUAAAUGUUCCGCCUCCUUUCAGUCAUUUCUUAGAAAAUUGCAUCUUGUAGGCCCUUCUUUUUUAAGCCUAGGACGUUUCAUCUUCAAAGAUUUAUUAAUAUGUAAAUUUUGGAACGUUUGCUUAAACAUGGAAGGAACUUAUCUUCAGGCAUAUGUGUUCCCUCAUACUUGUUGUAAGGUCUUAUUAAUUUCGAUGCCUCCUGUGUCAGCCUAAAAAUACUUAGCAAUGCGUAUCAGGGAACGCAUAUACACUCCGAGUCAUUUCGACUUCCCUAAGACAUAGAAGGACUACGAUUGGGUUUCGAACGAUUUUCCGAAUGCUCGACUCUUUAAAUCUGAAAUACUCCAGGCUUUUAGUUAAUACUUUUCAAGAGGUCUGGAUAUCGCACUGUUGAUUGUAAGGAACGGAAAUAACGGUGCAGCAUACGCCGGUCAAGUAGGGCUUUGUUGUAGCAUACCGAUGAAAUCUUUUGUUUGAAAAGGCUUCAUAUCACAAUCAUCCCAAGCCCGUCGUGGUCACCUCUCACAAGAACUGUCAAGGCACUGACUACGUGGGUCACUUCGUCAUUCUUUGAGCUGGAGGCCAGGUUGCAGCAGUCCCUUCCCGGUGUGGUCUUAUGACAACUGCUUAAUAUUAUGAUAUGUUGGCACAUGUGUGGCACGCGUAGACCGGAACGAGCGACCGGCUAUCCACUGCGUUCACACCUACCCCCAGUCGGCUCGACUUUGUCUUGUCACUGAAAACUAGCGGUUGUUUGAAGAGAGGGCGGAGAAACGAAAGCUCAUUGCAUCUCAAAUCGUGUGGAGGUCAUCACAGAUCCACGGAGUUACAUAGUGAUGGCCAUCAUCGCUUUCAGUGAACCAACGACUCCAGUUAUCGCCUUGUAUUUCCCUCGCGUUUCGUAUGAUCGGGAAAACUCCGAUGAGGGUCAUGUCGUCGACGAAUAGAUGAUGCCUCGUCCGACAGUUGCCUCCCUCACCAUCUCUGUCUGCUUUGCGUCAAUUUGGUCCAGCCUGGACAAACAGACGACCUUCGUGCUCAGCCAACAAAAUCGAACCAGUUCCGUAGUUAAUUACGCUGUGAGAGUUGUUUCUGUGGGAAUAUUUAUUGCCUGAUGAGACAGUAUCACCUCAAGAGCCGCCUAUUUUGCCUUUCUCCUGUUAUAGCACAUCAACUAGUCCGCAAAGAUUUUCAGUUAACUGCGCAUCCUAUCGUCACCCCCUUUCUUCCCUCUUAUCUUUUAUCUUCAUCCCUUCUAGCCUGUCCAGGGCUCCGCUAUACAGAAGCUCAUAAAAUACCAAACUACUCGACCUUUGCUAUGCUAAGUUGCCGCCUUCCAGUUGAUCUCUUUAUCGGUUUUAUCUCUUGUUCUUUUUUGGUGCACCCACAGGAGGAAGUUAAAACGGCUGGCGACGAGAGGGCGAUCAUCCUUGGCAUCAAUGUGCGCCCAGCCUGUGCCAUCGCGCGCCUUCGAAUGGCUAGGGCGCGCCGUCUGGGUCAAGAGUUGGCCGACCAAGUGCGGAGAGCUGGUGCCGAUAAGAUUCUGGAGCAAAUCGUCCAUGCUAACGUUAGCACUCAGUCUCCCCCUGACCCACAAGCAGAUCCACACAUUCAGGCCCCACUAAAGAAGGCUGCACUGACUGAGUCUGCGGUGGUGCCUGCCCACGAAACUGAAUAA